AUGGAUGCCGAUGUCGAUGCGAUCGGCAUCAAUGAUGAUGAUGAUGACGACGAUGAUGGCAUAUUCAGCAUCGCCAAUGACCGCCAAAGUGAGGACGAUGAUACCUCGCUGGUGAAGACAACGUUCGUUCAGCAGUGCACACGAAGCGCACUGCUGUUAACAAGGAUGAAACAGCAGAAGAAUUUCUGCUGA